GUACUGAAAACUGAAAGGGUGCUCCUUCCUUGUGGGUCUCUUCAAAUCCUCUACAUAAAGUCACACAGCUGCAUUCCGGAGAGUUCACUUGGGGGACUUAAAGGACUAAGCAAUAGUGGAGCUCAAAAUCAGACUGCUGCUACUGGAAACAUAGUUACAAGACAUUUAGACUAAACUGCAAACUAGACCAACCAAAAGCGGUGGAUUCUGAAUGCACAUUUUGCACAUGCAUUUUCUUUUCAAAUUUGGCAUAAUUUAGAUAAAAAUCGGAGGUGAUAUAGACAGGUAUAGGCAAAACGGGCAGGAGGACUUGAACUUGUUCAUUGUUGGUUACGAAUUGAAUUUACAAGAGUUAUCUGCUUUUUUUGGAACAUGAUAAAGUUUGUGGUUUGCAUUGUCUUCGCCUCUGUGGUUCAUGCGCGGUUACUUCGCAAGAGACAAACUCCGUGUCCGGAAGUCUGUGAUGGCUCCCGCUGUCCUGUCGCACCUGAAUCACGGUGUUACUACGGUGUAGUGAAGGACAGCUGCGGAUGCUGCACAGUAUGCGCGUCUGGAGAAGGUGACAUUUGCGGGGAGCGCGGUAUUGGCCUUUGUGGCGAGGGGAUGACAUGCGAAUAUCCAGCGGGAAAGCGCAGAGUUCGCGGUUCAUGCGUUUGCACCCUUGCCGAGCCGGUGUGCGGAAGUGAUGGAAGGACUUACCCCAGUAUGUGCCGUUUGAGAGCCGAGAACAAAAGAGCAGAACUCAGUAUAAAUCCCCCGGUCAUCUUGAUUCAGAAAGGCCACUGUGAUUCGGGUUCCCUGGACCCAGGAAGUAUCCGCUUCAAAUUCAACUUCAUUGCUGAUGUGGUGGAUAAGAUAGCCCCUGCUGUGGUGCACCUAGAGCUUUUCAAGAGGUUGGCAUUUUCAAACCAGGAAGUCCCCGUCUCUAGUGGUUCGGGGUUCAUCGUGUCAGAGGACGGCUGGAUUGUCACCAACGCCCACGUUCUCACCAACAAGCAGAGAAUCAAAGUGGAGAUGAAGAACGGUGUCAAAUUCGAUGCCUCCGUCAAGGACGUGGACACAAAGCUAGACAUCGCACUCAUCAAAAUUGAGUCGGAUAGUCCACUGCCGGUGCUUCUGCUGGGCCACUCGUCUGACCUUCGGCCGGGGGAGUUUGUGGUGGCAGUGGGCAGUCCCUUCUCCCUGCAGAACACGGUCACCACAGGCAUCAUCAGUACGGCCCAUAGGAAUGGCCUGGAGCUGGGACUCAAAGACUCUGACAUGGAGUACAUCCAGACGGACGCCAUCAUCAACUAUGGCAACUCAGGGGGACCACUUGUUAACUUGGAUGGGGAUGUCAUUGGCAUAAAUACUCUGAAGGUCACAGCAGGAAUAUCCUUUGCAAUUCCUGCUGACAGAAUACGGCAAUUCCUUGCGGAUUCCUACGACAGACAAAUCAAGGGAAAGACACUGCCAAAAAAGAAAUACAUGGGUGUCCGGAUGCUUCAACUCUCAACUCAUUUGAUCCGAGAUCUGAGGGAGCGGGAGAGCAGCUUCCCAGAUGUGAGCUCAGGAGUGUACGUUUAUGAAGUGAUCCCAGGAACAGCUGCCUCCAGUGCUGGCAUGAUUAACCAUGAUGUUAUAAUCAGCAUCAACGGUCAACCCAUCCAGACCACAGACGAGGUGAGUGACGCUGUCCAGUCAGGCAGUCCGCUGUCCGUGGUAGUGCGGCGAGCUAACGAAGACGUCAUGAUUAACGUUGUCCCUGAGGAAAUCGACUGAGUGGCUGCCUGCCUCGCUCCACUCAUUGUGUCCCCCGUACACACACGGAGGUUUUGACACAACGGUUGUGAUACAACUGUGAUCCAAGUUUGUCUGCACCAAAAUGUUUACACAACCAUUGUGCCAUGUUUCCAUGACAAUUGUGUUAUUUUUGUAUAGAUUUUUUUUUAAACUCUGUUGUAUCACAACAGUUGUGCCAAAUGCAUUGUACGUCGGUUGUUUAUGGUGCCUGUGUGUCACAAGUGAAUGUGGUUCAUGCCAUACAUGCACGUGUUAGCGCUGACGUACUCCCAUAGCAAUAUACGUAGUUACAAUAUGCAACAUUGUGGUGAUGGGAGUCCCUUAUGAACUGUGCCGCACUCAUUUCUCUGCCAGAACUAUAGAAUCCAAUGUACUUAGGAGACAUUCAGCUCCAGUCUGUAUAGGCAGUUCUAAGAGAUAUGGUUUGUGUUUUUUUUAAGUCAUGAUAUGUACAAUGUGUUACCUCUGGAAGUGGCGAAUAUGACAUUUGUGGACACUAAAUAAAGUCUUUAUAGUG